GCUCGCACGACACAGCUUUCGGCAAUCAUGACUCGCCAGCGCAUCUCACAGUCCCGUGUUUCACACACAGGGAGCCCGUGAUAGCACCCUGCCAAGCCGGCCAGUGUCUGAAUCAGAGCUGCGCAUCACCGCUCCCACUGCGCAAUCAUAAUCGGUUGGACUCGCGUAUUGCUGCCUUGCCCUUUACAGCAUCGCCAUAAAUGUGCCGUUGGACACACAGCGCCACCUAAAGAUGUUCAAACGCCAGGUCUGGAUCGCAUAUUUUCUAUUGGGCGGUGAGAUGCAGAAGAGACGGUCAGGGAUAGGGGCACGCAACAUAAUAUGAAGUGCUCGCGUGUUGCAGUCUUGAACGCGAAUAGCUACUGGUGUUGACCUCUCGCUGUCUCUUCGUACAUAACAACAAUCGAUCGUAAUGGCGGAGAAGACGCAGAACACGGCAAAGGUGUCGAAUGGCACAAAUGGUGCAUCGACACGGCCACCACUAAAGAAGCAAGAUAGCGACAAGGAUUUCGACGACUACUUCAUCGGACCACGCGACCUUGACCACCACUCGAAAUGGCCUGUCUUCCUUCGCAUUCAUGGCAGCGUGACACCAGAAAUGGUCCUGCCGCUGCUCUUUGUCGCCGGGUGGUCGAGCAUGAUCACUCUGAUAUCGAAGUUCGUACAUAACCUCGGUAUCAAUCAGCUCCUUCUUACCGUCCUCGGUUUCGUCGUCGGUCUCGCCCUCAGCUUUCGUAGUUCCACCGCCUAUGAGCGCUACAAUGACGGUCGCAAAUACUGGGCGCAACUCACUCUCACAUCUCAAAACCUCGCACGCUUGAUCUGGAUCCACGUCGACGAGCGACACGAAAAUGACGCCGAGCUCGGUAAACAAGACCUUCUCGCGAAGAUCAAUUGUCUCAACCUGAUUGCGGCCUAUGCCGUUGCGCUGAAGCACAAGCUCCGCUUCGAACCAUACAUGCAUUACGACGAUCUCCAACACCUCGUCGGUCACCUAGACACAUUUGCACGCGACGCCGACCGACCGGAUGACAAGGACAAACGAAACAUCUUCAAGACUGCCGGUCAAUUCCUCGGUCUUCCUAUGGCCGAGUCCAAUCCGCGCAGACUACUCAAACGCUCACGCUUACCACUCGGAAAUCUUCCUCUCGAGAUUCUCAACCACUUGAGCGUAUAUAUGAAGUCCAUCUACGACAAUGGCACCUUCAAAGUCUCCAUCUACCAGACGCAAUCCUUGAACGCCCUCACCACCUUCAACGACGUCCUCACAGGCACAGACCGCAUUCUCAACACACCUUUGCCAAUCGCAUACAGCAUUGCUAUCAGCCAGAUAACAUGGGUGUAUAUUCUGUUGCUACCGUUCCAGCUGUACAAAGCUUUGGACUGGGUGACAAUCCCAGCGAGCAUCUUUGCUGCAUACAUCAUUCUAGGUAUUGCGCUCAUUGGACGCGAAAUCGAGAAUCCUUUCGGCGAAGACGUGAAUGACCUGCCACUUGACGCGUUCUGCCUACAGAUCAGGAAAGACAUCGAUAUCAUCAUGAGCAAGUCAGCGCCGAGCAUUGAAGAAGUGGUCAUGCAUCCUGAUAACCAGCUUCUGUACCCAUUGAGCAACCUGGGUAGCGCAGCGUGGGCGGCGAAGAGUGUUAGUGAAAUCAGGGAUGCCCUGGCAAGCAAGCCUGGACUACACUUCCCGCUAGUUGAGCAUGACGAGCACCCGAAGCCGAGUCACUCGGUAAGCACCGCAGUGCACCGUCGAACAACAAGCGACGAUCGCGCGGAGAUGGGCGAGGCGGGCCAUGGUGGUCAAGGUGCUGGCGCAGGUGAUGGUGGAGACUAACUACGAAACAAGGUUGGUUUCUUGAGAAUUGUGGUAGUCCCAUGCAGAUGAAAGAUUCGACAUUCUUUUGCUAAUCUUGACACGGUC